AUGACAACAGAAAGCAGGCAACGUCGAUUUAUUAGCGCCAGAUGUGGAGGAAAAACCUACAACCCGACAUUUCGUAUGUGCUGUGGCGGUACAAUACAAGUCAGGUCGGGAAUACGACCCGCGUGUUGCGGGACUCGAGCUUACGAUGCUAGUUUCAGGAUCUGCUGUGGUGGCACUGUACAAGUCAGGUCGGGAAUCAGACCCGCGUGUUGCGGGACUCGAGCUUACGAUGCUAGUUUCAGGAUCUGCUGUGGUGGCACUGUACAAGUCAGGUCGGGAAUCAGACCCGCGUGUUGCGGGACCCAAGCUUACGAUGCUAGUUUCAGGAUCUGCUGUGGUGGCACUGUACAAGUCAGGUCGGGAAUCAGACCCGCGUGUUGCGGGACCCAAGCUUACGAUGCUAGUUUCAGGAUGUGCUGUGGUGGUAUUGUAAAAUUCAGAUGCUGACCAGUCUCAAGUGAAAAUAGUAGUGAUGAUAAUGAUGAUGAUGAUGAUAAAGUUAAAGAUAAAGAUAAAAACAAUAAAGAUAAUAAUAAUAGUGAAAAUAAUAACGUAAUAAUCAUAAGACAACAUUUCAAGAGGCAGUAGUGAUCUGUGCUUUAAAUAACCAUAUUCUGUCUGGAGUCAUGAGAAAUCAAAUAAAAAAGGAAGACGCCCUUAAAAUUGUCCUGGCUGCGCUUCUAAUUUACAAGGAAACUGGUGUCAGUUCAGUCUCUCGCAGUAGUUUUCCAUUAUCGAGGACUAAAAAUGUUAAACCCCCCUCCACGCAAAAAAGUGUAUAGACUUGCUCGAAACUGACGAGACUAUAUGUUCCAAAAUUAUAAGGAGUCUUAAAAUGAGAUUAAUAAUUUAAAAAUUCUUAACAGUAAAGAAUACAAAAGGCAACAGCUAAAAAAGCAUCAACUUUUCACUGCUGAUGUUGACGCUGGCUUAACUAAGGUCUUGAAUAAACAAAGUUUCUUUUAUCUUACAAUGAUAAUCUGUUUUGCCAGAUGCUAAGAUUUCAAAGUGAUCCUAUUUAAUGUUAUGUCCGGUGGCAGUGAUAUGGUCAGCAAUAGCUGAAGACUGAUCAUUUUUCUGUUAGGGACUUGAAGUGUUCAAUCUUACUGUCAUGGAGCCGUCGCUUAGUUUUACCAAUGUAAAUAUCAUUACAAUCCCAACAGCAAGCUUUGUAAAUGACUUUGGAUCUUUGAGAGCGAUUAACGCGGUCCUUGUAUGGAAAGAAAUAUUUAAUACGGCAAGCGUUUCGAAAAAAUUAAUUAUCUUUAAAUUAACACAGGAGUAAAUCUAGUAAAUACAGGAUUUUAGGCGUUUAGAAAUUUGGUUGCUUUGAAGACCUAAAUAAGGUAACAAAAUAAUAACUUCCUUCUAACGACCCAUAGGAACAAGAACAUCUCGCUUGUUUCGGUUUCGUUCCAACGCAUCAUUGACGUGGAAGUUUAUUAUUCCUUGAGGGUAACCAUUCUGAAGAAGUUUUCUUUAAUAGAUCACCCAGGGCAGAUUGUAGCAAAGAAAAAGAGGAGCAAAUUUGGUAGCAACGAUAAUUCACAGUGCGGAUUAAGUUUAAUAAUAUGUAUUUUCAGUAUUUGCGAGGAGAAAGAGUCCCAUUUAGUAUACUGAAAGACUUGUGAAUGUCUUUUCCGGGUAGACAGAUAUCAUAAAGAUGGUGUUGGGGCCGCGUUUUACUAGGAUAUCGAAAAACGGAAUUUCUUUGUGAUGUUCAAAUUCAAUGGUAAACUCAAUAUUGUUGUGACGACUGUUUAAAUACUGUAAAAAACUCAUUAGCAAAGUUUUUGUUGUUAAACAUGAUGGUAAAAGUGUCAUCAACGUACGGAAACCAAAGUGAAGGCCAUGAUUACCGAAUUUCCAAAGGCCUAAAAUCCUGUAUUUACCAGUUUUACUCUUGUGUUAAUUUAAAAAGGGAGGAGUAGAGGUGAUUUUCCCCUCAAAACAACUGCCAUAUCUAAAACAGGCUCUUUCUUUCCAAUUUUUCAAAACACCACCUUUAAAUCGCAUCCCAAAGAUCUAAAGUCAUUUACAAAGCUUGUUGUUGGGAUCGUAAUGACUUUUACAUUGGUGAAACUAAGAGACGGUUCCAUGUUAGCAAGACUGAACACUUCAAGUCCCCAACAGAAAAUGAUCACCCUUCAGCUAUUGCUGACUAUAUCACUGCCACCGGACAUAACAUUAAAUGGGAUCACUUUGAAAUCUUAGCAUCUGGCAAAACAUAUUAUCAUUGCAGUGAGAUAAAAGAAACAUUGUUUAUUCAAGACCUUUAUUAAGCCAGCGUCAACAUGCAUCAGCAGUGAAAAGUUGAUGCUUUUUAAGCUGUUGCCUUUUGUAUUCAUUACUGUUAAGAAUUUUUAAAUUCCUAAUCUCAUCUCCAGACCCCUUGUAACGGUCGGUUAAGAUCACUUUUGAAAAUGUAUGUUAAAUAGCAUACUACAUACACAUCAUCACAUAAAAAUGCGAAAACUCACAAUGUUUAUCACCGCUGUUUGUGUUUUAUUUUUUUAUCUAACUACGAUGGCCCAAGAACUGAAAAGUUUUAUAAUAUAAUUUAUAAUGGUAAUUGAAUUGAAGGGAGUGCAAUAUAGUCUGACAUCAUACGAAGUUCAAUUACCAGUUUGUUACAAUAUAUUUAUUUGAUCUGGUAGCCUGUUUCAGGUUGAAAAUCAAAAACAAAAAGGCUUAUACGUCUCAUUUUGUACCCGACACAGACACGAUGCAAUAUAGAGCGAAAAUGGUGCGAUUUAAAACAGAAAUGAUGCGAUUUAGAACCAGAUGUGAUUCGUGAAUAGAUCACACUGCUGAGAGCCAAUCAGAUUGCAGGAAUCACCAGUGAUUUCAAAAUGGUAUAAUAAAUGGUGAAAAGUUAUAGAAUACCUAAAAAAAACAAAGAGAAAAGAAUUGUCCAAAUCUCCACCGCUGUCAAAAAUUAAUUUGAAUGCCCCCUAGUCAGUUACAGUACCACAUUCCAAAACUAGUCGUGCAGAGGGAAGGUAUAAUUCCAAGACAGAAACGUGAUAUUUACCAUAUGAGGUCAUAGCCUAUAAACGUCUUGCUUUGCAAUUAUUUAUGCGAUCAAUCUGGCGGCAAAGAUUCCUUCCAGCGGAGUUUGGACAGCUGUCACUUGGCUAUUUCUGACCAAUGAAAUUCAAAAUGCUCAUAACGCACAUGAGAAAACUCAAAAUGUUCGUAGCUAUUCUCAAUUUGUGCAUGAUUGUGGCUAUUUAGUCAAGAUUGUCGAUGUCUAGCCCUAAACCUUUUGCCAACCACUUUCCAUAUGAUUUGCAUGAUCACUAAAAGGGUAAAAACUGCCUGAGAGACCACAAGUUGCGAAAGCCUUUUCCUUGAGAAAAUCCUUGAAUCCCAUUAGAUUGGCUACACAAUGAUUAGUGAAAAAUAAGGCAGUUAAUGCAACGAUCAAAUUUGAGGAAAUUGUAAUGGUUAUGAUUAAAGGAGAAUUCGGUUUCGAGUAACUUAACUUAGGUUUAACCCUAACCCUUGACUAAUUCUAAUUUCAGUUCGAAACCACGCUAUUAACUUCCGAUAAUGAUAUUGUGACAGGGUCAAUUUUGGUGUUUUAAAUGCUUUUUGACAGUAAUUCAGUUUUUUUUUCUUAAAAAUCGCAAAGUAAUUUAAGUUUGUGAAAGAUUUGAACCCAGCAGGAACCAUUUCAUAAGUAGGUUGAGUUUGAUCGUCCGGGUGAACGUAGUCGUGAAUAGGACUGUUUUUGUUGACAGUGACCAAGAGCGAAAGUUCUAUGUGGGUCUAGUCAAGAUUGUCGAUGUCUAACCCUAAACCUUUUGCCAACCAGUUUCCAUAUGAUUUGCAUGAUCACUAAAAGGAUAAAAACUGCCUGAGAGACCACAAGUUGCGAAAGCUUUUUCCUUGAGAAAUAUGAGCUAAGUCAGUUCUUGGAGGCCGCCACCACAACAAAUAGACUUGACGCGUGUCUGAUUCUGCCAUAAAUUUUCAGAUGACGUUAAAAUACGGUAUCAACAAGCAGGAAAAAUAACUUGCGCUUAGUAAAUAGAACUCAGUGUAUAAAUGCCUUAAAUUGUGGGAAAGACGCGAAAGUGAAAGGUACGCGAAAAGAGGGGCGGACCCGACACUAUAAAAGCAUCAGAAUGUUCAAGGGAGUGAAGCAGUCAGUGACUGAGAAUCAGAGGAGAGCAUAAUCAGUAUACCAACAAUGGUCAAGCUAACAUUUGCAUUUAUUGCAGCUGUAGUCUUGUGUUUUUGCGGUAGCCAUGCUGCGAACUUACUUCCGGAAGAACUAGAUUCGCUGACAGAUUUCAAAUAUGGAAAUUUAAAGGACCAAAGAAGCCGUAGUGAAGCCCCUCAUGAGGAGGAUGCUGAAUUCCAAGAUGAUAACUUCAAAGAUUACGAUGGCUCGAAAGAGGAGCAAGGUUAGUUCACGGUGCUUAAUUAAUUCAGUUUCUCUUUUGAAAAAUACAAGCUUCAACGCACCAUCACGAGUACGAUACUGGUACAAAAUUCUUCUUCUACCUCUUUUCUUGAGUAUGCAUUUUCUUGACGUUUUGCUAUGGCCUGGGACUUAAGUCGUUUUUGUUUUAUUCGCCACUUGAUCACAUGACAACAGAAAGCAGGCAACGUCGAUUUAUUAGCGCCAGAUGUGGAGGAACAACUUAUAACCCUACAUUUCGUAUGUGCUGUGGCGGUACAAUACAAGUCAGGUCGGGAAUACGACCUGCGUGUUGCGGGACUCAAGCUUACGAUCCUAAUUUCAGGAUCUGCUGUGGUGGUACUGUACAAGACAGGUCGGGAAUAAAACCCGCGUGUUGCGGGACCCAAGCGUACAAUGCUAAUUUCAGGAUCUGCUGUGGCGGUAUUGUAAAAUUCAGAUGCUGA